AUGUGGAACCGAGAAAUUCCCACAACGGGAAAGUGGGAUGCACUCGACCUGUUCUCCGGGACAGGUCUGGUCAAGGAAUCGCUAUGCAGUCUGGGCUUCAGUGUCUCCGCCCACGACAUCGAGCGCCACCCUUCGAUGGAUAUCAACAGCUCGGCCGGUUUUGCGUGGCUCAUCCUGGCAAGCUUUUUGAGUUUGAAGCGAUCUGGCCCAAGGUGGGUCGUCUGGGUUCGCGAUGCUCCAACCCGUGUGUUCCACAUGGGUGUGGAUGAGUCGCCACAGCUCGCAGAGGAGCAGCUCUUGGGCAAUUAG